AUGAAGGAGAGGACGGGGGUGGAUCUGGAGAAUAUUGUGUACUACAAGGACGAUACACACUACUUCGUGAUGUGUGCGAAAAAGCAGAGUUUGAUUGAGAAGGGGGUGAUUUGCGAGGAAAAAUUAUGCGAGUAUGCAAUGCAGGCGGCCGAUUUCGCGACUGAAUAUCGUUUGCCUGAAUUGAAAUUCUCGAAGAAUCAUAAUCAGAGAGAGGAUGUGGCUAUGUUCGAUUUCACAUCGUUGUUCUCAGCAAAGUGUUCAGUGAGGUUAUUUGAGCGAUUCGGGCAGAGAUUAUUGGUUUCUAUUGUGGGGGAUACUCUGCAUGAGCCCUUCUGGCCCACCGGAUCGGGUUGCGCGCGCGGUUUUCUAGGCGUAUUGGAUACGGCGUGGAUGAUGCGUGCGUACGGACUGAACCAGGACGGUAUUAUGCUGGUGCUAGCUGAGAGGGAGAGUGUUUACCGUCUACUCGCGCAGACCACACCCGAUAAUCUGCAUAAACAACUGCAGAAGUACACAAUCGACCCGAGAACGCGCUAUAUAAGUGUAGAAUUAAACAGUGUACAGCCUCACGAGGUGUCGUAUUUGGUGGAUACGGACAACCCGAGGAAUAUAGACACGAGUAGGGCGUUGCCGUUGAGGGUGGACGAGAGAUGCGAUCUGGAUAUUGAGGAGGAAGCGAAAUUCGAUGAGAACUGGGACGAUUUCCGCGCGGUAAUGGCUCUAUUGGGGAAAUAUCAUCCGGAAGCAGUCGACUAUAUUUCGAUGUGUUGCUGUGAUGAUAUGGAUGCGAAUGUUUUGGCCGUCAAGGAGGCCGUCAAAACGUUGUUCGAUAUCGAGUUACCGUUUGAUAGUUACAAAGAGUGGGCGGAGCUUAGCGAAGGGUCUCGAGUGGAAUAUUUAGCGAAAAUAGUAAAUUUCAUUAAAAAUGAUAAAAUGAAACUGAAGAAUAUUCUGUUUAAUCAAUUGAGAGCUGCGGGCACGUUGGCACAUAAGAGGAAGGCGAUUCACAGCCAG